UCCCACUUGCCUCAAGAUGCGAUCUUGCCAGGAUCAGACUCAUCUGGAAAUCUCCACUUGCUCAUCUUUACAUUACGGCACACAACCUGUUCUCCUCAUCGCUGUGGUCGUCACCCACCCUCUACGAGAGAGUCGAUCAACGGACCAAUCAUAACCCGCAUAGUCUAUUACCGCCACCCGAAGAGGAAAUACGCGUCGCCGCGUUCCAGACCGCAUCCAAACUUCUCACGAAUGGCCCUCGGCCCUAGUGGUAGUGGGAACUGGAAUCCAACCAACCCAUCUGAUAUAGUGAAGUGCUGAAAUGAACACGCGUGGCGCGACACCAUGAGCGACACCUGCGCGAAUCCCCUGCUGCUGGGGUGGAUUCAGGAAUGGCUGGACCAGGCUCGCGAGCGCAACAGCAAAGGGGUCAUAGUAUACAAAAAGGCAUACGAGUCCAUGAAAGCCUGUCCGCUGGUCUUUCACCAUCCCUCGGAGGCUCAGCAGCUGAACGGACUGGGUCCGAAACUAUGCGACCGGCUGACGGAGAAAUUGAAGGCGUACUGUGAGGAAAAUGGGCUGCCUAUGCCCGAGCAUCCUCAGAAAUCAAGCAGCAAACGCGUCUCGGAAGACGGCACGACGGAGGCUCAGCCAGCAAAGAAGCCCCGCAAGGCAAGACCGUACGUGCCGACACUGCGAUCCGGCCCGUAUGCAUUGAUCCUCGCCUUGGCGACUCUGGACGAGAACUCGUCGCAGGGCCUGACCAAAGCGCAGCUGGUCGAGAAGGCCCAGCCGAAUUGCGACAGCUCGUUCACGGCCCCGAGUGAUCCCUCCAAGUUUCAUACGGCUUGGAGCUCCAUGAAGACCUUGCUGCAGAAGGAGAUUGUCUAUGAUUUCGGCCGCCCGUUAAAGAAGUAUGCCCUUACGGAGGAGGGGUGGGAGGUGGCGAAGCGGAUGAAAAAGGCUGCCCCGACCUCGGGUCAGGGCACGUUGGCCUUUGCAGAGCAAUCGGUCGCAAACACCUGCGAUGAGCCAUCAACCAACACAACCGGACCCUCAUCCACCAUCCCAGACCCUCUCCCCCGCCCCAUCCACGACAGCGACCCCGGCCCCGUCGACCCCAUCCUCAUCCCCCCCGACAGCUUCACCGUGCAGCUCGUCCUCGACAUCCGGGAAGUCCGCUCCUCCAAAGACCGGGACUACAUCUCCAAUGAGCUCAGCAAGAAGGGGGUAUCACUGGACGUCCGGGCCCUCGAACUCGGCGACGCGAUGUGGGUAGCCAAAUUCCACGACCCGAAGUUCCUGUCGCAGUACGGCGAAGAAGGAGACGAGAUGAUGCUGGACUGGAUCGUCGAGCGCAAGCGGCUGGACGAUCUGAUCGGCUCGAUGAAAGACGGGCGCUUCCACGAGCAGAAAUUCCGGCUCCGACGCUCGGGCAUCAAGCACGUUAUCUACCUGAUCGAGGAAUUCACCGUCACGCAGGACGUCACGAAUGGUGCAAAGUACAAUGAGAUGGUCGCUUCCGCUAUCGGCUCGACUCAGGUUGUGAAUGGGUAUUUCGUCAAACGCACGAAGAAUCUAGAUGACUCUAUCCGGUAUCUGGCUAGAAUGACCUUCCUCCUCCAGCGCAUGUUCUCUCCUCCCUCCUCAUCAUCAUCCUCACAAGGCCCAGAUACAUCAACCCCACACCCCCUCUACCUCCUCCAAACCCACCACCUCACAUCCUCCACUUCCUACCUCAGCACCCUCGACACUCUGCGCUCCACCUCCCCCACCACACCAACCUACGCAGUAACAGUCCCCACCUUCUCAGCACUAACCUCCAAAUCCGACGUCCUGACCCUCCGAGACAUCUUCCUGAAAAUGCUCCUCUGCAUCCGCGGCGUCACCGGCGAGAAAGCCCUCGAGAUCCAGCGCCGCUGGCCCACCCCGCAGGCAUUUCUGCGCGCCUUUGAGGAGGUGUCCCCCGCUGAGAGGGGGGAUCUGGUGGCGGACCGCAUGCAGAGUCUUGUCGGGAGGAAGAAGAUUGCGAAGGUGUUGAGUCGCAAGAUUGCGGAGGUUUGGGGGGUGGGGGGGUAA